AUGCUAAAAAUUAUUAUCCCAACAACAAUACUACUACCCAUAACAUGAAUAUCUAAACACAACAUAAUCUGAAUCAAUGCAACAGUACAUAGUCUCCUCAUUAGCCUGAUCAGUCUAUCCCUACUAAACCAACUAGGCGAAAACAGCCUUAAUUUUUCCUUAACAUUCUUCUCCGACUCACUAUCAGCACCCCUACUAGUUCUAACCACAUGACUCCUCCCCCUUAUACUAAUAGCUAGCCAAUCUCACCUAUCAAAAGAAACCACAACCCGAAAAAAACUAUAUAUUACCAUACUAAUCCUACUACAACUAUUCCUAAUUAUAACCUUCACCGCCACCGAACUAAUCCUAUUCUAUAUCCUAUUCGAAGCAACACUAGUACCCACACUAAUUAUCAUCACACGCUGAGGAAACCAAACAGAACGACUCAAUGCAGGACUUUAUUUCCUAUUCUACACCCUAGCAGGAUCCCUACCACUGCUAGUAGCACUAGUUUAUAUCCAAAAUACCACAGGCUCACUAAACUUCUUAAUUAUCCAUUACUGAUCCCACCCAUUAUCCAACUCUUGAUCAAACAUUUUUAUAUGAUUAGCAUGCAUCAUAGCCUUCAUAGUAAAAAUACCUCUGUACGGACUCCAUCUUUGACUGCCAAAAGCCCAUGUAGAAGCCCCCAUUGCAGGUUCAAUAGUACUUGCAGCCGUACUGCUAAAACUCGGAGGCUAUGGCAUAAUGCGAAUCACUACUAUUCUAAACCCACUAACAAACUACAUAGCCUAUCCAUUCCUCAUGCUUUCCAUAUGAGGCAUAAUCAUAACCAGCUCUAUCUGCUUACGUCAAACCGACCUAAAAUCCUUAAUCGCCUAUUCAUCAGUAAGUCAUAUAGCACUUGUAAUCGUAGCAAUCAUAAUUCAAACCCCUUGAAGCUUCAUAGGGGCCACAGCUCUCAUAAUUGCCCACGGACUAACAUCCUCCAUACUAUUCUGCCUAGCCAACACUAACUAUGAACGAGUACACAGCCGAACCAUAAUCCUGGCCCGAGGACUGCAAACACUCCUACCACUCAUAGCAACAUGAUGACUAAUAGCAAGCCUCACAAACCUAGCCCUACCCCCAUCCAUCAAUCUAAUCGGAGAAUUAUUUAUCAUCACAGCAUCAUUUUCAUGAUCCAACAUCACAAUUAUUCUCAUAGGAAUAAACAUAAUAAUUACAGCCCUCUACUCUCUCUACAUACUAAUUACUACACAACGAGGAAAAUACACCCACCACAUUAACAACAUCAAAGCCUCAUUCACACGAGAAAACGCCCUCAUAGCCCUACAUAUUCUACCACUACUACUACUGACCUUAAACCCUAAAAUAAUCCUAGGACCCCUUUACU